AUGUUUAGAUUCCAUGCCAGAUGCCUUCCAAUAAACUACCUUCACAACAAACAAUGCCCACUCUGCAAAGAAGAUAUGAGCAAAGACCCAUACGGUCACCUGUUCUUCUCAUGCAAGAAAACAAAACAAUUCAUAAAAAUAAAUAAACUCAAAAAUUUCAUCUUUAUUACCACAGGCAAAGGUAAAAACUGGCACCAUACAAGAAUUAGGCAAAAUAACAAUUUCAUUAAUAGAAUAACUCCAAAAUUAUCACCGACAGCCAAAAAAGAUCAAGAAGUGAAUGCAGAUUACGCCAAUCACAGAUUCCACAAAGAAUACUUUGAAUGGAACUAUAAAGCAAUAGACUAUGAUCUAACCAGAUCAUUCGCAUAUAGAAACCUAAUGGCCCUUAUCCUCCACAACAUUUGGAUUUGGAUUUGCAAUCAAAUAUACAGUGAAGAUCCUUUAACAGAUGAAUCACUAUCAUACAGCUCCCUUCUAAAGAAAUGGCACAAAUUGGCCACUCUAGAAUACAUCAAAAAAGCAAAAGAUCUGAAAAACUUAUCAGCAAAAGACCAUAAUAACUUCAAAGAUCCUAAGAUCCUUCUCACUUCAACGAUCAAGCUAAGAAAAACAACAGCUAAUUACUAUUGUAUUCCAGAAUCAUCUCUCCCUAAUAUUAUAUCUUUUGAUCAAUUCAUAUGA